AUGAGGUUGUAUAUGAUAUUGUUAUCAUUGCUCUUAGUGCCAUUAGCUAAAGGAGAUGAAAGAGAAACAAAAGAAUUGAAACGGGCUGUACCAUGCGAUGAGGCAUUAUGCAAAUUGCCAUCUUGUCGAUGUUCAUCUACAGCAAUACCUGGAGGACUGGCUCCUAGGAAUACACCACAGUUCGUCUUAGUAACUUUCGACGACAGUGUAAACGUUUUGAAUAUGGUAACUUAUCGAGAGUUGCUUAUCGGCCGUAGAAAUUCCAAUCAAUGCCCUGCCGGAGCCACAUUCUAUGUGAGCCACGAGUAUAGCAAUUAUCAAUUAAUUAACGAACUCUACAACAAUGGUUUAGAAAUCGGCUUACAUUCUAUAACACAUCAGACUCCACAAACAUAUUGGGCUGUAGCAAACAAGGAAACAAUCGAACAAGAAUUUGCUGAUCAGAGGAUACAAAUGGCACACUUGGCUAAUAUUCCUUUGACUUCUAUACAAGGUAUGAGAAUGCCAUUCCUCCAACUUGCGGGUAACGCUAGUUUUGAGGUGUUGAAAGACAUCGACAUGUUGUACGACGCUUCUUGGCCCACAAUGAGCUUCGUCGAACCAGGCAUGUGGCCGUACACGCUGAAUUAUGCAUCAAUCCAGGACUGUCCCAUCCCUCCGUGUCCUACAGCUUCUAUUCCUGGACCUUGGGUGUUGCCGAUGAUUGCUUGGCGAGAUCUUCUCGGCUUUCCUUGCGCUAUGGUCGAUGGAUGCUUUGCUCCCCCAGAUCUAAACGAUGAAAAUGCCUGGUAUAACUUCAUAAUGCAAAACUUCGAAAGGCAUUAUUUGGGCAACCGUGCACCGUUUGGUUUUUACGUGCACGAAUGGCACGUGAGAACCAAUCCCGCCAUCUUCAGAGCUCUCUCUAGGUUCUUGGAUGUUGUGAAUAACCUACAUGAUGCGUUCAUGGUUAAUUCUAAGGAUGUUAUUGACUGGGUGAAGUCACCUGUCUCAGUCGAUGAAUACAGAAAUCAACCGUGCAAACAGAAUAUGCCUACUAGCUGUAUUCCUAGCCAGUGUGGUCCUCUUCCUGCUUCUCAUACACAAGAACAAUUCUGGAUGCAAAUUUGUAACGUGUGUCCAAGAGUUUACCCAUGGCGUGGAAAUCCGUUCGGACUCUAA